AUUAUUAGUGUUGGAUAAUAUUAUUGUUGAUUGAACAAAAUGACAGCGGGAGCAGGAGAGGAACAUGAACCUCUUAUUUCGUCUUCAGUGGACAAUCAACGGGUUGCUUUUGUUAAUUCGCCUCAGGAUGGGAAUACGCCAACCAACGUGACACCCCGUGGCAGCGGUGGAGAAGUGACCUUAGCUUUACCACCACAUAGAAAUUAUGGCGCCAUCGGAAUUGUGGAAAAAGUCACUUACACCUGGGCAGAUGUCAAUGCUUUCACAACUGAAUCACGAUCCAGGAAUAGAAGCUUCUGGACUUUUUGGAAGACUUCUGAUCGCAUGUUCCAGCAAAGAAAACAGCUUUUAAAGAAUGUCAAUGGAGCGGCAUACCCAGGCGAACUACUUGCCAUAAUGGGAUCGUCAGGAGCUGGAAAAACAACACUCCUCAACGCCCUCACCUUCCGGACUCCUAGUGGAGUGAUAUCCAGUGGAACCAGAGCCCUGAACGGGCAACCAGCCACGCCAGAAGCUCUAUCAGCCAUGUCGGCUUAUGUGCAACAGCAGGACUUGUUUAUUGGUACUCUGACAGUUAAAGAACAUUUGAUUUUUCAGGCAUUAGUUCGAAUGGAUCGCCAUAUACCGUAUGCGCAGCGCAUGCGUCGAGUUCAAGAAGUUAUUCAAGAGUUGGCCCUGUCAAAAUGCCAGAACACAGUGAUAGGCAUUCCCGGCCGGCUUAAGGGUAUCUCGGGAGGUGAAAUGAAGAGGCUCUCAUUCGCUAGCGAGGUCCUCACCGACCCUCCUCUCAUGUUCUGCGAUGAACCCACUUCAGGGCUCGAUUCUUUCAUGGCACAGAACGUUAUUCAGGUGCUCAAAGGUCUAGCUCAAAAAGGCAAGACAGUGGUCUGCACGAUCCACCAGCCGUCUUCAGAGCUGUAUGCUAUGUUCGACAAACUGCUCAUAAUGGCUGAUGGCAGAGUCGCUUUCCUCGGCUCCCCUGAUCAAGCCACCGAUUUCUUUAAAGAGCUCGGUGCAGCUUGUCCAGCGAAUUACAACCCCGCAGACCACUUUAUCCAGCUGCUAGCCGGUGUGCCAGGUCGUGAAGAAGCCACGCGUCACACUAUCGAUACUGUGUGCUCUGCCUUUACUAAAUCUGAACUCGGCUGCAAGAUUGCUGCUGAAGCUGAGAAUGCUCUAUACCAUGAGCGAAAGAUAUCCGGCGGCUGGGCAGAUUUGCCGUGGUCUAGCACCGCGGCAUUGCGCGUACGCCGUUCGCCAUACAAGGCGUCGUGGUGGGCGCAGUUCAGAGCGGUGCUCUGGCGUUCUUGGCUCUCCGUUACGAAGGAGCCUAUGCUCAUCAAAGUUCGCUUUCUGCAGACCAUUAUGGUAUCAAUAUUGAUCGGCGUGAUUUACUUUGGGCAGCACCUAGACCAGGACGGGGUGAUGAACAUCAACGGAGCCAUUUUCAUGUUCCUUACCAAUAUGACUUUCCAAAACAUUUUUGCUGUCAUUAACGUAUUCUGCUCCGAACUGCCAAUAUUCAUACGGGAGCACCACUCAGGGAUGUACAGAGCUGACGUGUACUUCCUUUCAAAGACCUUAGCGGAGGCGCCGGUGUUUGCCACCAUCCCGCUGGUAUUUACCACUGUGGCCUAUUACAUGAUCGGGUUGAAUCCCUCACCGGAAAGGUUUUUCAUAGCAUCGGGCUUAGCAGCUUUGAUUACUAAUGUUGCAACGUCAUUUGGCUACCUGAUAUCUUGUGCCAGCAGCAGUGUAAGCAUGGCUGCGUCUGUGGGCCCGCCUAUCAUCAUACCUUUCAUGCUGUUCGGAGGCUUCUUCCUCAAUUCAGGGUCUGUCCCGCCAUACCUAGGCUGGAUAUCAUAUCUCUCCUGGUUCCGUUAUGGCAACGAGGCUCUGUUGAUCAACCAAUGGUCUGGUGUUGAUUCCAUCGCGUGCACCAGGGAGAAUUUUACUUGUCCGGCUUCAGGAAAAGUUGUAUUGGAGACUCUAAGCUUUUCUGAGGACGAUUUCAAGAUGGACGUCAUAAACAUGGUGCUGCUUUUCAUCGGGUUCAGACUGCUGGCUUACAUCGCACUUUUACUGCGCACGCGUCGAGCAAAAUAAAAUUAUUGUUGGUAUAAGGAAACGUAUCGAAAGUUAUAUAACUUUUUUAUUUGUUGAUAUUGUUUUUUAUUUUUUUUAUUGAUUACAAUUCCUAUAAAUAUUGCUAUUUACUUGUUUUUGUUUUA